AACGCGGAUUUUUCUCUACCCCUGAAACUUGUUCUUCUCUGGUGAUCGAUAAUAACGCGGGAAAACUGAGUCGAGUCAGUCUUACACCUAAGCCAAAGCCUCGUGUGUUGAGUGUUGUCGCUGUCGGCUUCCGUGUCUCAGUCUCAGGCGGGCAGGCAGGAUUGCAUCACCCCCCUCGUGUGCUGUAGGUGGACUCUCUCGUUGUUAACGGGGUAGAUCUAGAUGUAGAUAGAUCGAGGUUUGUGUUCUACUCUCAGACAGGACGGACCUGGACAAUCAGUUAGCCUAUCCGGGAAUUUGAGAGCUAAAAGCCCAGCCCACCACACCUGAAUCUUUGAUCUUACGUCCCUUUUUGGAUUUCUUCAGGGUUUCUUACCUUCAUCGAAGCUACACGGACCCGAUUUGGAUUAAUCAUUUUUAACGGCAAACCCUUGUUGGUAUUGUGAAUUCCAGUAGUGUUCUUCUAUUUCACUCGGAAGCCUUAAACUCGGAGAAAAAAUAAAACCACCAAAAUAAACAACAAAAAGAACCCCUCAAAUUUGUCACUAAAAGCAAACGAACAUCAACAACAACAACAACAACAACAACAACAACAAUAAUAAUAGUAGAAAUAACAACAAUAGUUGAAAUAUACCGUAGAGGAAUUACCCCGUAACAUCAAGAGCUCUAAAAGAAACCAGCCACAAGAUGAGCGCGGAAGAUUCCAUGCCCAAGGAGCCCAGCUCCCGGAAGAUGGACGUGGACCAAGGCAUCCCCAUGCUGGAGAAGAAAGACCCCGAGGCCAGCAACGACCCGAAACAGAUCGAGGAUUCAGGGGAGGGCAUCGUGCUGCAGCAGAAGCUGUCCUUGGUCAACGGCAUCACCGUCAUCGUGGGCAGCAUCAUCGGCUCGGGCAUCUUCGUGAGUCCCCGCGGAGUGCUAGCCGGCUCGGGGAGUGUCGGGAUGUCUCUCAUCGUCUGGCUGCUGUCCGGAAUCUACUCCAUGAUCGGCGCCUACUGCUACGCGGAAUUGGGUACAUCCAUCGUGCGGUCUGGUGCUGAUUACGCGUACAUCUUCGAGGCGUUCGGCCCCUUCUUGGCGUUCCUGCGUCUCUGGGUGGAGUGCAUGAUCGUGCGGCCGUGCUCCCAAGCCAUCGUGGCCUUGACCUUCGCUGCUUACGUCAUCGAGCCGCUGUUUCCGGACUGCGAGCAGCCUGAUGUGGCUGUGAGGCUUUUGGCUGUCGUCUGCAUCA